AUGCCGCCGCCUCCCGACACUUGCCAAAGCUUCAGCAAAGGAAAAAUGGGGACCACUGCGUCCCAGAUGACUCAAAUGUUUUUGGUUGUGGGGAAACUGUCUUUUUUUUUCCAAAGUCUUAAACUAGACUCAUGUCCUGGACUUUGUACUUCUUUUAGUCUUCCUCAAGUAGUUCUUUACUGCAGGCUGUCUUUGCUCUUUGGUGCAGAUGUGGUGUGCAUUAAAAAAAAAAAUAAGUCAUUUAAUGUGUUUAAGGAGUUUUGUUUGGGGAACAUGUUCAUUUGCUGCUUUCAGAAGUAA